AGUAAUUCCCAGCCAUCAGUUUUGGGACUGACUCCCGAAUCUUCCGCUCAUUCCUUGUCCUAAAAUGUAAAUCCCUCUCUUCCCUUUCCUUUCCUCCUUCCUCCCAACCCUGAAAAACCCCCCUCCCUUUCUCUCUCUCCAGUUCCAAAUUUCAACGUCGUAAACAAAAAAGAUUGAUUUGGAAUAUUGGAUUGGUUGGAAGGUAUGUUCAGUUAAUUUUUUUGAUAUAAAAUCAUACAAUAAAGUACAGAGAGAGAAAUAGAGAGAUAGAGAUUGGAAUAUAUAUUUAUAUAAUAUAUAUAUCACCAUAAUCACCAGCUUCUGCAAUGGAAAAUCUGUUGGGUCUGCUUAGGGUUCGAAUCCAAAGAGGUGUCAACCUCGCUGUCCGAGAUGUCACUAGCAGUGAUCCUUACGUGGUCGUCAAGAUGGGAAAACAGAAACUGAAGACUCGAGUUAUCAAGAAGGAUGUCAAUCCUGUGUGGGAAGAAGAUUUAACUCUUUCAAUUUCAGAUCCCAAUCUUCCAAUCAAGCUGACUGUGUACGACCAUGACCUAUUCAGCCCAGACGACAAAAUGGGAGAUGCAGAGUUUGACAUCAAAACAUUUAUAGAGGCCUUGAAGAUGAAGUUGCAAGACCUCCCAACCGGGACUGUGGUCACAAGAUUGCAUCCAAGCAGGAAGAACUGCCUGGCCGAAGAGAGCUGCAUUACUUGGAACGACGGCAAGAUUGUCCAGAAUAUGUGCCUCAGGUUGAGAAAUGUUGAAUGUGGUGAAGUGGAACUCCAACUGCAUUGGAUCGACCUUCCCGGCUGCAAGGCUUUAUAGAGAUUUCACUACAACAAAGUAGGCUUUUCGCAACAAACAUGAUCGUCUACUGAUCUUUUAUCUGAUUGCCUCUUUUUGUAGAUGUUGAGUGAGUUUUAUGGUGGGGUUUGUUUAUGAACAAUAUACACAUUGACCUUGUAUUCUUGUUUGCGCAUUUGUACAAGGUUUGUAGCUUAGCAUUUAUACAAGUUUGAACUUCUUCAAAACAAGUAAUUGCUUGUAAUUUAUCCAAUUAAUCAAGCAAGUCUUGA